CCUCAGACUCUCAGCUCAGCUCAGAAGAGAGAGAGAGAGAGAGUGUGUGUGUGUGUGUGCGCGCGCGCUUCCCCAUCCCCAUCCCUCGGAUCACCGCCGCCGCUGCAAACCCUAACCCCCCGCGGCCAUGGAACCGCCCGCCGCCGCCUCGCCUGAUCCGACCACGUCCCCGGCCAAGCGCUCCGCCUGGAGGCACCCCGCCCCCAACGGCGUCGUCGACGCGCCCGCGCCCGCGCCCGCGCCUGCGCCUGCGCCUGGGGUCAUGGACGCCAACCACUGGCCCGCGCUAUCCGAGACGGCCAAGACCACCAAGCCCGCUCCCGCUCCCGACCCCUCCAGGCCUCCGGACUCCUCGUCUCCUGCGCCCGUCGCUUCAUCGGCCAUCGCGAAUUCAUCCCAUUCGCAAAAGCACGGCUCGGCCACCCAUCACGGUCGCCAGAAGCCGGCCAGGCGCGGGGCCGGCGGCGGCGAGCACUCCCCUAGGGACCAUCCUGACCGGAGCAACGGUAGGUGGGAUCACGGCAGUGGUGGUGGCGGGGCCAGGGGUGGUCAGAGAAACCACAAUAAUGGUAGCGGUAGAAGGGGCAAUGGCACCGGUGGCUAUGGCGGUGGGGUUUCUCACCAUGGUGGUGGUGGUGGUGCCGCCGGCGGCGGCUUUGGUGGCAGGCGAAGAGGGGGAUACGACAGCUUCUAUCGUGGCCCUCCUCCUCCAAUCGGUAUGGGCCCAUACAUGCGGGGUGCACCACCCCUACCUCCGCCGAUGGCGGUCGCUCCACCGUUCAUGGGUCCUCCGCCACCACCAGUCUCACCCAUGCGGGCAUUUGCUGGACCCAUGGUGUUCCAUGAUAUGCCGUCUCCGGUGUCUCCUGUAUCCCCAAUGUACUUUUUUGGCCCUCCCCCACCCCCAGAAGCUCUCAGGGGACUGGCUCUUGCACCUCCUAUGGUUGGUCCACCUGCUUACCCUUACUUUCAAGCCCCGCCUGAGCCACAGCCUGAGCCUGAGCCUGAGCCUGAUGCUGAAGAGAAACAUGCCAGGCUGCUGAAGCAGAUAGAGUUCUACUUCAGCAAGGAUAACUUAUGUACAGAUGUGUUUUUGAGGCAAAAUAUGGAUGACCAGGGCUGGGUUGAUAUAUCUCUCAUAGCUGGCUUUAAGAAGGUUCAGGAGCUGACUAAUGACCUACAGUAUAUAAAGGAGACAGUUCAGUCCUCAUCUAUACUGGAAAUACAGGACGGCAAAAUUAGGAAGCAAAAUGAUUGGGACAAAUGGGUGAUCCCCCGAGAGAGCAAUCCUGAUAUUCCAUCAAGCUCAGCAUCUGUGCCAGGCCCUGAUGUCAAUAAUCUGACAGCACAUCUUGGAGGCAUGGGUCUGCAUGUAUCUGCUAGCUCUAGUAGCACGGUGGACCAAAAUCAUCAUGAGGUCCUCCGGAAUGGAUCCUCUUCCGGUAAUGGCAAAGCACCAGUAGCUGAAGACAAUUCUGGUCACCAGUAGUUGCAAUAAGACACAUUGGCACCGAUUCACACCAUGACUGCAAGGGUUUUGUCUGAGCGCGAGUGACAGAGUACAAGUGAUUUUUUUGCAAUUUUUUUGGAGGAGGUAUGCUUGUUGGGGCGCAUUAGACUGACAAGUGAAUGUGUUUUUGGCGGUCAGGUAAGAUUUUGCUUUGCCUUGUUAUUAGGUGUAGUGUGCAAGGUAUCAGGUGGUUGGUGAAAAAAGCUGAAACAGAAGACAGCCAAGUAAAGGUGGUAUGUGGAGGCAUCAAAGAUGAUUAGGGGGGAAACAUGGAACCAAAAAAAAAGGUGGAAAAAACCCGACAGAGUGCCAAGUUAUUAGCCCCAGGCCCCUGUGGGCAGCUUGCUUAAUAUGCGAUUUCUGACUGCCCUUGUUUUAUUGGGGGGCUAUAUCGGUCCGAACUAGUUGUUGAGUUUUCCCAUAGGAUGUAAAAACCUCCAAUUUUUUAUGGAGGAUCUGAACUUUCUCACUCGGAGAGUCAGGGAGUUGCCUUGGAUCUUGUGCUACCUGUGACCUGUUUGGUGGAUGAUUCUGUUUUUUUUUUUAAUUCACAUCUCCUGUGGCACAUGCAUA